AUGGUAUCAAUGAAAAGGGAUUCGUCGUCACUACCAGAUCAUAACGAUGCCGUAAAGAAAACAAAGGACGAUACAGAAUCAGACAUAGUGGAUGUUGAGGAAGAUCAUGAAACUGAACAAAAACUGGCGAUUGUUGGAGCUCAAGACGAUGAUGCCCAAAUUCCUGAAGUAAAUCCUGCGUAUUGCAUAACCAGCGGAUUGAACGAAAAUGAUCGUGACUUUGCACUGGCGCGAUUACGUUGCUUGGGCAUUGGAUUGGAUAAUGUUAACGCACAUGUUGACGACAAGGGAAAAACUCGAAAGAUUUCGUCACUGGCUAUUAAAAUGCAAAAGCAAGCGUUUGCCCUAAUGUCUGAACUUUUAGGGCUCAGCAACUGCAAGAAAAGCGGAGAAGAAUUUGGAGCGUGCACUAAUGUGGGAGCGAAUCACUCAGCAGAUUGCGAAAAGUAUUUUGUGCGCUCCGAGAUGCUCAAGAACUUGAUAGGUGUGAAUCUGGCAAAGGUAGAAACGAAGAUAUUUUUCAAGGUGAACGAGGCCUUUGGAUCUCGAUUAGAGGUGUUAUCAGUGGAAAAAGUGAAGAAGCUUCUCACCUAUUAUAAAAAGAAAGACGACGGCAGCUAUGAUAACAUCAAGCUGGUCAACCAAACGUCACUUGACGAUCCACCAGCAGAAGGGGAAUUAGACAGUUCAAGUUCUCCGUCAAGAUGUGAAUCCGUUAUGAGUGAGCAUGGUGGACUCGAAAGUGAUCAUAUGACGGCCGCGGCUCCCGCAAAUUCCACCACCGAUGCAGAUCAGCAAUUGCAGAGCUUUAUCGCAUCACUGUGCUCAUCGCCUUAUGACUUAUCGGCUGUCAAGUCUAACGAAUCGGAUACUCCUCACUCUCCGAUUUUCUGUGACACCACUUAUCAAUUGAAGAAAGAGCGUCAUGAUUAUGUUGUUUCUCUGGCUGAGCAUUAUAUGGAGAGGAUGUGUUUUGAUAGCUCCUCCAGGUCAGCGCAAGUGAAUGCUGAAAGGCACAACAUGUGGGUAAAAGUAGCGCAUCUUACUAAUGAGAAAUACGUUGGCUUGCUCAAUCCAUUGGGUGUUGAGCAGACGAAGAAACUGUUCUCCAACUGUAAGCGACGCCGUCGCUUGCGUCUGGGAAAAAGUGAAGAUUCGCCACUUGCAUCUUUAUCGGGAACUUCUGUUUCGGUAUCACCCGACGGAAACACCGUGGAUCCCAACACGUCAACAGAUGCGAUGCCUUCGCUGGACAGUUAUCUGACAUCUAAUGAAACGUCUCCACAUCCAAGUCUUCAAAGUUUGGUUCACGAUUUGGAUCUCACCGUAGAAAUAAAAGAACUACGUCGUCAGUUGGCUGAACGCGAUGCUGAAGUGGCUCGGCUAAAACGCAAAAUUGUCGAGCAAGCCAAUGAUUACAAAAUACGGAUCAAUUCGAUCGCUGACAUCCUGAAGAACGGAGCCGACAGAAAAGUCUCUGAAGAUAUUCGAACCUAUUUGAAUGUGUCGUAA